AUGGCUGUGAUGGAUGUCGGCGCAGACGUUCAACCCGCUGAACCUUGCAAUGAAGACCUCGCAAGGGAAGCGGGUUUACAUUUCAGCGACCUAAGCCAAGUGGAGCGCGAUAUGCUCCUUCGAGCUCGCGCGGCAGGCGUUCCUGCGUACGACGGCGGGCCGCUGGCCGCACCGUCGGAGAGCGAAGCCUCGUUGUCGACGGAAGGCGAGGCGGCCAGUCAGCCAAGCGAAGACGUCGGUGAAGAGUUUCAUUCGCGACUCAUCCGUACUGACUGGUGCGACUGCGGACAUUGCGUGGUGCUGGACAACUUCAGCGAGGAGGAAUGCCUUUGCUGUCGAGAGAUGGGAGAGCCUGUCGCUGCUGCGCAGCCUGAAGGAUGCAUCACGGAGCACCCGGAGUUCCACCUCUUGUGUCUCAACAUAGCUGUGCUCCGUGUUGCGUACUUCGAACUGCGGGCGCGCAGGGACUGCAUGGACGAAGACAUCCACAAGAGAUACCGCUACACUGUCUACAGGCAGUUCGUCCGCUGGCUGUGGGGUCGCCUUGUCUACAGGCAUGCUCUGCUCGGCAUGAGGACCAGCUGUGCAACUCUGGUCUUCCUCACCGAAUUUGCCCCAGAAGACAUUGUGCGUGUCACCAUUCCUGUGUGUGCCAUUUAG